UAUAGGAUUGCUAGCUUACAAAUUCUAUUGUAGAGAAAGAACAAAGUUGCUGUAAAUAUUUGGUAGUCUACACUGUAGAGUACACGUGGAAAGUUGCGUGCUAUCCGGGAUAUUUACCAUAAAAAUGGCCUUACGACGACUAAACAUCUGGCGUUGUGUCACUCUUCAGUUGCGAGGUUUACUUUCAACUCAGGCAGCUCGUAGAGAGUCCGACAUGAUAACGAUUACAGAUCGCUGCGUUCAGAGACUGGGACAAAUUGCCGAGGAAGGAGAGUUUCUACGAGUUAUGGUCGAUGGAGGAGGGUGCUCGGGAUUCCAGUACAACUUUUCUAUGGACUGUACGAUCAAAGAUGACGACAAAGUGUUUGAGAAGGACGGGGUUAAGAUUGUGGUCGAUUCUUUGUCGAUAGACUUUCUCCAAGGUUCAACAAUUGACUAUGAAGAAGAGCUCAUUCGUUCCGCUUUCCGUGUAACUAGCAAUCCUCAGGCUUUACAAGGAUGUUCUUGUGGCACGUCGUUCUCAUUGAAAUAAGAUACAUAACCAAUUUAUUAGCAAACUGUCAUACUCAAUGCAAACAAUAAGGCAACAAACAAACAAAUGCGAAUGGUAAACUUAGAAUUCUAUAACAAAUAUAAUUUACUGCUGAUGAGCAUCUU